UCUUCAUCCAUCUCCAAUGGCUGCCAUGGCUACCCAAGCUUCUCCUUUCACCCCAACCCUCUCAAACUCUGUUUCUCCAUGGAAACAAUCCUCCUUCACCGCCAUCAAGCACCUCAAACUCACCACCCGUACCUUCACAAUCAAAGCCGCCGCCAGCCAGGAUGCUCCCGCUCCCGCUCCCGCUCCCGCUCCCACUCCCACUCCCACUCCCACUAAAGAAGCUCCAGUCGGAUUCACCCCACCGGAACUCGAUCCCAACACCCCAUCUCCAAUCUUCGCYGGAAGCACCGGCGGSYUGCUCMGAAAAGCWCARGUGGAGGARUUCUACGUSAUCACAUGGGAAUCMCCMAARGARCARAUCUUYGARAUGCCSACCGGCGGYGCUGCSAUCAUGAGRGAAGGACCAAAUCUGUUGAAAUUGGCUCGAAAGGAGCAGUGUUUGGCUUUGGGGACGAGAUUGAGGUCGAAAUACAAGAUUAAGUAUCAGUUUUACAGGGUGUUUCCGAAUGGUGAAGUUCAGUAUUUGCAUCCUAAAGAUGGUGUUUACCCGGAAAAAGUGAACGCCGGCCGGCAAGGUGUGGGUCAAAACAUGAGGUCAAUUGGGAAGAAUGUUAGCCCAAUUGAAGUCAAGUUCACAGGCAAGCAACCUUAUGACAUAUGAUCCAUUUUGUGAUUUUAUGUCGUUUUCAUUUCGUAAUUAAAAAACAAUAUGCUUUUUUAAUUUCAUGUUUUGUGUAUUUUUGUUUUAACCUAAAACUGUUGUGCAAAUCUUUGGUGUUAAUAUAUUUUCAACCGCCUUAUUAAA